AUGACUUCCAUAUGGACUGGGAUCUGGGUGGCCUUGCUGGUCUGGAGAAUUGCUUGGACCUGCUGGCCACAACAAGGGUAUAUCCAUCCUGAUGAAUUCUUCCAGUCCACUGAGGUGGUGACAGGUGAUAUUCUCCAACUUGAUGUUGAGAGAACAUGGGAGUUUGACCGUUCACACCCAAUCCGGAGUAUGGUCUUACCUUAUGCUGUUUAUGGGUUGCCUCUCAAGUUACUUCAACUUUUAGAAAGUUAUGCUUCUGUGACAAUCACUCCAUAUCUGGUAGUAGUGACCCCACGAUUAGCCAUCACUUUGCUGAUGUUUGCUGUUGACAUUAUCAUCUGGAAGGCUUGCAAAUAUCUACGAAUCAAUCCUACACUUGGGCUUACUUUGUAUGCCAGUUCAUUUGUGACAUUGACUUUCUUGACGCGCACCCUCUCAAAUACAAUUGAGUGUUUGUUCUUUGCUGUUGUCUUGCUCGUUGUUAUCCAACGCUUACCCAGCUCAGCAGAAGGCAAAAAGAAAAAGAAAGGUGGCCAGAAGGGUGGCACCAAUCCUCAACCUGCUCCUGAGGCAAAGGCAAAGGGCAAUGCCUCAUCUUCAUCAGGCGGGGGAAAACAGAAUGCUCAGGAGCCUGCGCAGUCUGGACAAGCUUCCAAAAAGAACAAAAAGAAAAAUAAAAACAAAGGUUCAGCACAGAGUAACCAGAAUGCAACCAAGCCACCACCUCCUCCUCCAACCCCAAAUCCUGCUCCCAUUGUCGAGGAUCGGAAAGUCGAGAAACGAACAGAGGAGCGAAAAGCAAAUAAAAAACAGCCAAAGGCCUCCAACCCUGUUCCUCAUAUUGAUCUGAUCAUCUUGGCCGCUUGCCUGUCUGCCGGCACGUUCAACCGUCCAACGUUCCCUAUCUUCUGCCUGACCCCUAUCCUGUUGUGGCUCUACCAUGUUUCUUCUCACAGGCUUUCCCUCAUGAUCAAGAAUUCUUGUCUGUUGCUGCUCUAUACCUUGCCAUUCUGUCUGGCCUUCAUCGUGGGUGACAGCCUUUAUUACCGAACGACUUUAACGGAAUUCAAUAACAGGAUGUAUGACUGCAUAGAGAACAAACACCAGCAGAAUAUGAUGACAUGCAUGUGGAAGACUGUGGUGCACAGUGCGGCCAUAACACCAUUCAAUUUCAUCUUCUAUAACAUUCAGAAUGUCAAUCUCGCUAAGCACGGGCUUCACCCAUUCUAUUUUCACGUGGUUGUCAACAUGCCUCUCCUCUAUGGCGUCCUUUACUUGUUGUUCAUGUAUAACAUCUAUCGGUAUUUCAGCAACGCUAUCUACUUCAACAGCAUUUGUUGGUUGUCAAUGUUUGUGAUUGUGCCUGUAGAUGUACUCACCAUCUUCCCUCAUCAAGAACCACGUUUCCUCGUGCCUCUCCUCCCGGUCAUGAUUCUUGUUGGUGCCUCCGUAAUGGAGAGACUCAAAUGGAAAAAAGCAUUUGCCAUCAUGUGGAUUGUCUCUAACGUGGUGCUGGCCAUAUUUUAUGGUGUUCUUCACCAGGGAGGCCUUUUACAAAGCCUCCUCCAAAUGCAGAAAACUAGUCAGGGUACAACUGGUUUGGACCAUGUCGUCUUCUACCACACAUACAUGCCCCCUCGACAUUUAUUGCUCAAUAAAAAAUCGCACACGAUUCUGGUUGCUCAUGAUCUCCAAGGAAGUGAAAUGUCAAACCUACACCAGGUGGUGACUUCUUUGCAGUCCACAAAAGACACACGAUCACUGUCCGUGGUUCUUCCCUCCCCGGUUGCCAAUGACUUCAAACAGACACUAAACACACAUUCUUUGGUUAUAGGAGAGCAAAUCUUUGGCCCUCACCUCUCUCUAGAAGACCCACCACCACUUUUUCCUUUCUUGGAAACUAGUUGGGACAAUAUCCAAAACGUUCUGUCACACUUGCAUUUGAAGGUGUUGCGUCUUGGUCGGAAAGAAAAGCCUGCAAGCUAA